AUGCUUCAAAGGAUCGAUACGGUCCUCCGCUUCCUGCGGUUCUUGCCCUUCCUCGCGGGCGGCGACAAGCAGGACGAGACCAAGACAGGAAUUGCGUCGAUGAUCUCGGGCCAGCUCGCAAACCUGGUUGCUACAAGAGUCGCCUGCCUUACAAUCAUCCUGGUGAUGGUCAUACCACUCUUCGACAUUUGGACGUUCCCCCAGACGGACUACUCUCUCCAGACGUGGGUGAACCGCCUCUCCAACAACAUUGACGAGGGCAGGUACGACGACACCAUGGCAGAGCUAGAACUCAUGAAGGAUUUCUACACCCGGUACGCAUACGGCCCGUACAGAUCUUGCAUGGGCGUCGCCUACACGAAUGCACAAGGCGUCACGGCCUUCGACUGCACCACUAACCCGACGGGCAUUGCGGCCCAAGUCGCGGCGUGGGACUCCGGGAGAGCAGCUCCGCCGCGGCUCUCGGCCUCUCUGAUUGUGCACACGACCACGUUCAUGGUCCAGGUCAACAUGCAUGCGCCGAACCAGGUAGAGGCCGCGUUUAACAUGAGCACCAUGCUCUUCAUCAUUCUCAUCAUGGUCUUCUGCGGCCUGGCCCUCUCCAGCGUGGUGACGGACCUUGCAGUCCGUCCGCUGGAGCGAAUGCUGGGCACCGUGAGGAAGAUCGCCUCCACGGUUUUCAAGUUUAGCGCCGAGGUGACGGCUGAGCAGAACGAUGAAGAGGUCACCGACAUCGACAGCUCCAACGAGAUGAAGCUCUUGGAGAAGGUCGUCCAGAAGCUGGCCAUUAUCGCCGACCUUCAAACUUCCAGAAAUGUACCGGAUAAGACGGAGGACAUGAGAGACGAAGACCUUGGCAUCCUGUCCAUGAUGCACGGUGCCAACAUUGCGGAGAAGAAGGGGAGGAACACGAGGAGGAUAUCAGGCUCGGCCGGUGUGGGCCAGAGAAAGAAGGCGAUCGGGGUGCCCUCCGUUCGCUUGGAGGACUUUGGGGUUUCGCAGGAGGUCUUUGCUUCCUGGAACUUCAACGCCCUGAACCUUUCGAAGAACCAGAGAGUCAACCUUGCAGUGUACACGGUCUGCAAGUUCCACGAAGAUGGUGAGGGCUUCGUGAACACGGGAGAUGAGGUCGGCAUGUUUCAGAGGUUUACGACAGCCGUGGAGAAGGAGUAUCUGCCAGUCCCCUUCCACAGCUUUGCGCACUCUGUGGACGUUCUCCACGCAGUGUCUCGGGUUCUACGGAGCAUCGCCUCCGGAAGCUACCUCACAGAGCUAGAAGAGUUUUCUCUUCUGAUUGCCGCCAUUGGCCACGACAUCGGCCAUCCGGGUGUCAACAACGGCUUCCUCUCCGAAGUUGGCCAUGAGCUGGCGAUGCAGUACAAUGAUCGCUCUCCGUUGGAGAACAUGCAUUGCGCAAAGCUGUACACCAUCACCAGCAAGCACGAGACCAACGUCUUCUACCACCUGUCAAAGGAGCAGUACAAGGAGGUUCGGAAGCACUGCAUCGAGACCAUCCUCCACACAGACAUGAUGGCCCACCAGGCGAUGGUGAAGGACCUCCAGAUGCUCUUCCAGAUGAACACGGAGGUGUUCACGGCAGAGCCCGAAAGUGACGACAAGGGGCAGAUGAUGAUCAGCCCCGCAGAGAUCGAGAUCUUCUCGGACAAUGACACGAAGACCAAGGUGCUGAACUGCGUCCUCCACUCCGCAGAUGUUUCCAACCCGUGCCGCGGUUGGGAGGUCACCCACGCUUGGGCCAUGGUCUGCCUGGAGGAGUUCUUUGCCCAGGGCGACCAGGAGAAGGUCCUGGGCAUCCCAGUCCAGUUCCUGAACGACCGCGACAAGCUCAACAAGCCGAACUCCCAGAUCGGCUUCAUUGAGUUCAUGAUCUCGCCGUUCUUCGUCGCGCAGAUCCGGCUCUGGCCGAAUUUGCACGAGAUGGGAAGCAACCUGGCGCAGAACAUUGCAAACUGGCAGGACAUGUGGGAAAAAGAGAUGAACCCCGCGGAAGAGGAGCGAAGCAAGGUGAAGGGGCGCGUGGACAAAGUCACACGCAGCAUCAGCGAGGCGAUUGAGCGCGCACCGCUUUGA